AUGACGCAAGACGGUGCGGCGAUGGUCGCCAAGACGGGGGUCAGCCGUGACACUGCGGUGCAGCGCACAAACGACGACAGCGUUGUGAGCAAACGCUCGGCGGUAUUCCACAAUUACUUUAAGGACAUGUACCUGCGUUACUUUGUGCGGAAGUUGUCCCGGCGCUCACCAUUGAUCAAUCGCGGGUACUACUUGCGCAUGCUUGUCAUUACCGACCUCGUUGAGAGAAGCAUUCGCCACCUCCAAACUGCCGCCGCUGCCAGUACGGGGCCCGUACAGGUUGUCUCGCUUGGCGCCGGAUACGACACUCUCGCCAUGCGUCUUAAAGGCGAGCCCCAAUACGCCGGUGUGCAUUUUUACGAAAUUGACUUCCCGUCGGUUAUGCAGUCCAAAUCCGAAUUGGUCCGAGUCGCUCCAAAAGAUGCCUUCCCGGAGGACUUAAUGGCGGAACCGGCGCAAGAACUGGUGAAACUGCGGGGAAAAAAUUAUUAUGCAGUUGGGGUGGAUCUACGCGACACGGAGCACGACUUUAUUACCACGCUAAUGAAGGUAUCACCUGAUUUCUCCCCGCUGCAUCCUACGGUUCUCUUUGCCGAAUGUGUCAUGCAAUACAUGCCCCCAUAUUCCGCUUCCGAUCUCAUCAAACGGGUGGCGUGCGCCUUCUCGAGAGCUAUAUUUGUUGCGUAUGAUCAGAUAAAUCCGUCAGAUAGUUUUGGCAACGUGAUGCAAGCUUCCCUUCGUUCUAAAGGCAGUCCAUUACUUGGGCUUGCGGAAACACCUGGUAAGAUGGCGAUGCUUAGUCGUGCUUUUGCAUGUGGUAUGAAAGAAACAGCUUUUGCGAACUUUCACGAUCUUUCACAUUAUUAUUUAACGGGGGACGAGCGGCGACGAGUGGAGGCGCUUGAGCCAUUUGAUGAGACGGAAGAAUGGUGUGAGAUGUGUGAGCACUACGGCAUCACCAUGGCUGCAACGUCGCAUGAGGUUGGCAUGCCUGCCCAUCCAGCAUUUAUGGGGACAACACGCGAGGCUGCAACACAAGCCUCACAGGCAACAGCGCAGGUUGCUGCACACGUUGAAAAGUGGCCCGUUAGUCGAUUUGGUUUUGAAGGUUGGGGCAAUGGGCAGGCUUUUGCAGAGGAGCUUCCCUCUGGAGAUGUGGUCAUUGUAUCGUUUGGUGGUUUUUCUGCCACACGAGGUCAUCAGAGGACGAACACAGUGCGGGUUCAUAGUCUUUGUGAAGGAGAUUACAGGGUCACCACCACCUCUUCCAGUGCGGAACCACCUGCCCUUGUGUUUCACUCAUUCAGUCGUGUAGCGCGUGGGGUGUAUGUGGUGCUCGGCGGCCGCACGAACCCCACGGAUGUCAUGAUGGAUGCCUUCUUGCUGCAACUGGACUUUCCCGAGCAAGCUGCACAGGUGCAAAAAAAACAUAUUGUGGCUUGGUGGUCAAAACUUGAGCCAGUGGCGGGCGCUGGUGAACUUCCAGAGGCACGUUACCGUCACACUGCGAUUGCGGUGGAAGACAACACAGAAAAUUUGCAGCGGUCUAUUUUUGUCUUUGGAGGUCGCAAUGGAGCAGGUUAUUGCUUGAACGAUGCAUGGAUUGCGAGGGUUUGCGGAACGACAGUGCAUUGGAAGCGUCUGCCGCUUGCAGGCGAGAUCCCACCUCCGUGUUGUUCGAGUGCAGUGAUUGAUAUUCGUGCCACCACUGCCGUAUUGCUCAGCGGUGGCCUGUUGGCAGGCGAUGUCUGUGAGGGUGCUGUGUGGCGCGUGGACUGGGCAACAGGCAAUUGCUGCAAAAUGUCAUACGUGUUGCCUCCACGCUUCUCUCAUACGAUGUGCCAUGUGAAGGUGGACGGUGUGGCGCGUGUCCUUGUCCUUGGUGGUUCAACCUGUCAGCCACGCGAAGGAGAUCUGUCGGCGCUGCUCCUCGAUGCUGAAACAGGUGAGACAGCAAGUGUGCUGGCACUCCCUCCGGAGUGCCCAACAUGGACCCGGCACUGCUGUAUAUCACUGGGUGAUGGCGUUGUAGCGGUUCUUGGCGGUGGUUUCACAUGUUUCUCUUUUGGAACCUUUACCGUCAAGCCGUUGCUCCUCUUCCUGGGUGAUACUAGCGACUGGAAUGUGGACAAGCGACCCAAAACUGUGGUGGCGUCAUGUCAGCUGCCUCUGUCUCCACACCUCCCGUUUAAACGGCCUCAGGUUGAGGUACAGCCGUUUAGCAAAGAGGCCUUUUUGGCACUUGCGUGUCAACCAAAUAAGCCGGUCGUCUUCCGCAAAGUUGAUCUGGGAUCCUGCGUGGACGUUUGGGCAGAUCCGGCAUACUUGAAGGCAAGGGAGGGAAACAUGAUGGUUUCAGUUCACGUUGCUCGGGAAACGCACUUGCUUGACUUUGUAAGGAAGAACUUUGCGUUCCAGCACGUUUCGUUUGCCUCGCUGGUGGACCACUGCGUGGCGGCAACGAGUAACUCUCCGAAGGCGGAAGGAGAGGCCUGGUACUUUCGUGCGGUGGCGCCCAACAUGAAAACAGAACGUGCAAAUUUAUGGAAGGACUUUCCAGGUUUAGGGAGCGACUUUGUGCUCCCACCCGCCGUUGCGGAACAUGUCGAGCCCCGCAUGCAUCAAGCCUGUCUUCGUCUGAAUGCUCCGCCGCUGCAACUGUGGACGCACUAUGACACUCUGGACAAUGUUCUUUGCCAGGUUGUGGGGAAAAAGCGUGUCGUUCUUUUUCCUCCUAGUGAGUACAAUAACCUUUACAUGAGCGGAAGUUCCUCGGUGGUGUUGAACAUUGACGCACCAGAUUUGGACCGAUUUCCUCGUUUUGCAGACGCCUGCCGCCAUGCCACUGAGGUUGUGCUGGAGCCUGGGGAUAUGCUUUUUAUACCAUCCCACUGGUUUCACCACCUCACGACGAUGGAGGGAAGCUACUCCAUCAGCGUUAACGUCUUCUUUGAGCGAUUUCCCCGGGAAGACUAUGAUAAGAAGGACUUGUACGGAAACAAGGAUUUUCCGGCGGUGUCGCGACUACGCAAGCGCGUCGUUGAACAUGUGCAGCAGCUUAUUUCUGAAUCCGCUAGGGAACGCACAAGUGAUGGGCAGCCCCUGCCACUAGAAUUUGUCGAAUUUGCUCUGCGGCAGGCAAUUCAGGAUCUUGAGGAAAUAACUGAUAACAUGGCCGCCUCUCAAAGCGGUGGUGAACGUCAUUAA